UGCCCAUCAAUGCCCGCUCCCGUUUCCCUCCUCCUCCGCCACCGCCACUUCGUCGCGUCGCGUCCCCCUCCUGCCCCUCCUCUGCUUUGAUCGCCGUGCUCUCCCUCCGCGUCUCCGGCUGUCCGGCAUUGCCGAGGCCGGGGGAGAGAAGAUGAAGCCGCUGUACCUGCGGAGCAGCGGCAGCUUCAAGAGGCUGCUGCUCUCAAUCGGCGGACACCGGUCACCGUCCAAGCCGCCCGCGUCGCCCGCCGCCGACGCUGGUAAAGAAGCGCAGGAGCCGUGCCCGGAGUCCCCGCACAGGCCCGCGUGGCGGUGCUUCUCCUACGACGAGAUCAACCGCGCGACCGGCGGGUUCCACGAGGGCAACCUGGUGGGCCGCGGCGGGUCCUCGGAGGUGUACCGCGGCGAGCUUCCCGACGGGCGCGCCGUGGCGGUGAAGCGCCUGAUGGGGGCGUCGGCGUGCGAGCGGCGGGAGCGGGACUUCCUGGCGGAGCUGGGCACGGUGGGGCACGCGCGACACCCAAACGUGUGCGCCCUCCUGGGCUGCUGCGUCGACCGCGACCUCUACCUCGUCUUCGAGUUCUCCCGCCGCGGCUCCGUCGCCGCCAACCUCCACGACGAGGGGUCGCCGGCGAUGGGGUGGGCGGCGCGGCGCAGCAUUGCGGUGGGCACGGCGAGGGGGCUCGAGUACCUGCACAAGGGCUGCCAGAGGCGGAUCAUCCACCGGGACAUCAAGGCCUCCAACGUCCUGCUCACCGACGACCUCCAGCCACAGAUUUCUGAUUUCGGGCUCGCCAAGUGGCUGCCGUCGGAGUGGACGCACCGGGCGAUCGCGCCCAUCGAAGGCACCUUCGGGUGUUUGGCGCCGGAGUACUACACGCACGGCAUCGUGGACGAGAAGACGGACGUGUUCGCGUUCGGCGUCUUCCUCCUGGAGCUCAUGACCGGCCGGAAGCCGGUGGACGGCGGCCACCGGAGCCUCCUCAGCUGGGCCCGGCCGCUGCUGGCCGACGGCAAGAUCGACGCCCUGGUGGAUCCGAGGCUCGGCGGCGACUACGACGGCGAGCAGGCGAGGCGGGUGGCGUUCGUGGCGUCGCUGUGCGUCCGGGCGCCGGCGACGUGGCGGCCGUCCAUGACCGAGGUGCUGGAGCUGUUGGAAGGCGGCGAGAUCCAGCAGGAGCGGUGGGCGAUGCCGGAGGCGGCGGACGAGGAGGGGCCGCGGUGGUUCGACGACCUCGACGACGACGAGGAUGACGAGGACAAGGAGUUCAACACCCCGUCCCCCUCUUCGUCUUCAUCGACCACGAGCAAUUAGCAUGCAUCAUAACCUAAACAAACUCUGAGAUGUGAAUUUUUGCUUGCCGUCCUACUCGUAGGGUGGGCCCACUUGUACAUACAAAGGUUAUCUUCAUCAACCGUCAGUGUACGAAUACGAAAAGGAAGUACUGCAGUACCAAUCA